AUGAAUCAGCCCUGGUUCUCACGCACGUGGGUCAUUCAGGAAGUGGCUGCCAGUGCACAAUCGAUCAUCAUGUUCGGCAACUCAACCAUAGAAUUCAAGCUACUGCGGGACAGGCUCAACCUCAGCACCGGGACGGCCAGCAUGCACGACGAUCCAUUCAUCACCUCGCUAGGCCAGAUUCGCCAGACCAAGCUCAUCGCUCGAAAUUUCAAGCCGGCGCACAUGGCCAAUGGCCGGCGGUUCUGGCUGGAGAGGCAGUUUGGGAACCGGCCAGAGAAGCAGGAGCAGUUUAAGAAGAUCCAGGAAUACUUUGAUGCCAACUUCAAGCCCUUUCCGUACCCUUUACUUGACCUACUAGAGAGUUUCCGCAAUCGGGAAUCGACCGACCCGCGUGACAAGAUAUAUGCCCUGCUAGGACUGGCAACGGAUAUUACUUAUACGCAUGAUGGGGAGGCAGCAGAGAUCAAGGGUCAACAGAAUGCUGACCCUCCUCAGCCCGACUACUUAAAGAGCGUCUCCGAUGUCUAUUACGAGUACGCCUGCUUCUUCAUUGAAAGCGGGCAAUGGUGUGAUGUACUACAUUCAGCGGCCUUGAACCGUCUUGGGAACACCAGGCUUGCGGACCUUCCAUCCUGGGUUCCCGAUUGGACAUCAUCCAGGUCUGGUGGGUUGGACGGGGAGGCUCAGGCAUAUGUCGAUAGAGACACAAAGGCUCUGUCCAUAAAUGCCGCCAUUAUAGACUCUGUGGCGUACAUUUCAGAGCCUUGGACCCUUGGCGAGCCUCGUGACAACCUCAUCAUGCAAACUCUCGACGCCUUUAUUGCCAAUACAGCAUACUGUCAACAAGGCCAAAAUGGGGGGUCUGCACCGUUCACAAUCCGAGACGCUAUCCUUCACAAUGCCAUCAAUAUUGUCACAGAGUACGAAGACUGCAUAAAGGACGUCUCCUUGUGGCUACAAUGCAUCGCCGUCGCCAUGAUCUACAAGUACACUCGCUUUUCGCUCGACAUUGCUGAUGAAUCCCGAUCUCAAUAUUUUGAGCUAUCAAAUCAUUGUUGGCAGAUGUUCAGGGAAGGCCAGACUGACAAGUUGAGGGAUCCGAUUGAGCAAGCCUUCCAGAAUCUAUUCCAUCCCGGGCCGCCAUUUCGAGACUGCCCAGGCGUAGAACUCCUGCCAGACCGGGAGUACGUGCACGAGGUCAUCGCGCACCGGAGAUUCUGCAUCACAGAGAAUGGUCGCAUUGGGCUUGUUCCUCUGCAUGCCGAGGUCGCGGAUAUCAUAUGCAUCGUCAGAGGCGGCACAACGCCAUAUGUCAUUCGUCCUGACGAGGAGGACUGGUGUUAUAUAGGGGACUCUUAUGUCAGAGGCGUUAUGCGAGGCGAGAUGCUUCAAUCAGAAGAGUUUGAACCGAUGAGGCUUUUUCUGAAAUAA